AUGAAAGAGGAUCUGGUGAAAUUCGGUGUGACUUCUACAGGCCUAGACCAAGCCACGGGUGUCCACAAGCAACAGAUUUCAAACGAAGGAAUCGCUAAGGGUUGCCGAAUUCUUUCCUUCUUCCAGAACAGGGCGAUGGUCGAUCGCGGCAUCGAAUUGUUUUUCAAGUCGAUUGAAUGUAUUCAUAUCCACUGCGGCGAGUUCAUUGUGAGGCACUGGCUCUCCCAACUCUGGCUUGUUCAUGGCGAGACAUUGUCGAGUCAAGACACCUCACGCAUACGGCUGCUAUCUCAGUCACUAUGUGAGAAUACGGCGACGCCGCUAGUGUUUGAUGCCAAUACCACGGCAAAACAAUGGGCUUACUCUGCCACCGGAGAGCAAAUACGCUGGGGUGUAAUCGCCAUGAUUGCUAACUACGUGGGGACAUAUGCGAUGAUCACACAACCAUCGGAUCCAUUUUUCCAGGAGUUCAAACUGGAGCGCAAAUCAUUGUUAGACCAUGUGAAUGAGGUUGCAGCUACAUGUCUCGAAUUUUGCCGACAAUCCGACGCUUUGGAUGAUGCAUUUAUCUGCGCCUUGCUUGAACACUACAACAUGACUAAAUAUACCAAGGGAGAAGCGUGCUAUGCAACGUACUGUCUUGGUGCUGAACUUAAUAGUGCCUUUAUUGCCAUGGGCCUUCAUCAAGAAAUCAACUCUGAUAGCCGUGUUCCUUUUUUCCUCGCUGAGCUACGAAAACGACUUCGAGCCAUGGUUUAUAUGGCAGAAAUCAGCAUAGCCACGUUCCUGGGCCGUCCACCCCGACUGUCGCAUCGUUAUAUCAACUUAGAUCCACCUCUAGAUUUAACAGACUCGCAGCUGUUUUCAGAAGAUCCACAGGAACUAGCUAUCGCCAUUACGGAGCUAGAUGAGCAGGGAUACAAUCGAAAUGGAGAGAUCCGCGAUAUCUCUUGGAUAAGAUCUUCCAUCAACUUCACGGUAAGGAGAGAGGAGAUCCUAGAGCUGUCCUUGGGCAACUACACUCCAGAUGAGGUACGGCAUAUUGCCGACGUCAUCCAAAGAAAAACAGAGGAACACUGGGCAAAACUCCCACCUAUGAUGUUGAGCUUAAGGGGAAGUACAUGCGAACUUGAGACACAAACGGUCUUCGACCUACACAUUCGGAAUGCCUUUCGCCAAGGCCCGCAGGCGAACUCGCUUCUUCUGCACCGUGUACUGAUGCACAAAGCCGGUACUGGCCCGGCAGGAUUGAUACAUACGGCACAGACCAUCCUGAGUGAUGUGAUGCGGCUGUAUAAACGUGUUGAGAUGGCGGCAGCAACAUCUUUCAUCUAUUUCCUGGCAGUACAUGGACUACGUAGCGCGUUUGUACUGGCAUCGGAGCUCCUAGAGCAGGAACGGCUCCCGGUGUAUCCGAAUGAUCCGCUUCUGCCUCGGAGUAAGACGAUCCAAGACUUAGCCGUCUUCGCUGCCAAACUCAGUGACUUGGAUCCAGUGUUUGGAGACAAAGAUCUCUGUGAGAAGGGCCGCAAAGUGCUAUCUCGGGUGCUUGACAAAAUAUUGAGUCCUCCGAAUACCGCAGAUCGACAUUGGCAUUUCUCUCCGAUGCAAACAGAGCAGCAUUGCGCAGACACGUCUGCUAACGAUGCAUUUCCAGACACAGAUGUACCAGAGAGCUUUUUCAUGAUGGAUGACUUCACUUAUGAUAUGAGUGCGUCGAGUUCUGGCCCAGAUCAUACAUUCAGGCUGUGGCUGGAGAGUAUGGAUGGUUAG